CGAAUCUUCUUUGCGUCCGUCUAUGCUUCCCUUUGGAAAUUGGAAGCCACCGCGUGGCUUCUCUUUUAUUCUAUUAAAUUAUUUCGGACUCUUACAAGAGAUCUCGACGGAGAGAGAGAGAGAGAGAGUUGGGUUUGGUUCUAAGUAAGGAGAAGUGAAGGUGGCAAAGGAACCAAUAGCAGAAACAUCAUCACCAUCAACAACUUCUUCUUGUACGAAAGAAAAGUUUGGAGAGAGAGAGAGAGAGAGAGACAUGGGUUUGUGCUAUAUAGUACUUGUAGUGCUGCUGAUGUUGCUUGUUCACAAAUCCUCCGUUUCAGGUGGAGUUGAAGGAGUAGAGCCGAAAGCGGUAACUAAGGAGGGGACCGUGCAUUCGGUUCCAAUCAAUAGGCGCGGUGGCGUGAGUGGAGGCCGGGGAGGAGGGAGAGGCAUCACUGGAGGAGCAGACCAUGGCAAUGGUGACAACGGCGGAGAUCGAACACCAAACACGGCAGGUGUCAUUCCCAUAUACGCAGCUGCCAACCACCACGGCAACAAUAACCAUCAUCAUGGUGCUGCUAAUGGCCGUAGUGGCUCCAUCAGUCUUGCUGCCAUUGUUGCUGCCAUUUUGACCUCCCUCUUUUUCACAUUUUCAUAGGCAUGUCACUAAUCUAAUGAACCUCCAAUUUCUUUUUUUCUUUUUUUUAGUUGAAAUCGGUUACAUCAUCCUCUAUGUAAAUUCACUUAAAUUAUGUAUUAUAUAUAAUCUUAAUCUUUCUUCUCCCA